UUUUUCUUUCCUUCGUCAUCUACCCUCUCUCUCAAUUGUAACCUAAAGAAACAUAAAAAACCAUUCCUUUUUACUAUAAUCAUGCAAGAAAACAUAUCCCUAAUUUGCAUCUAUCUCGCCUCUUCAAACGCCUCCAGGAAUAUGGAAAUUUUUGAUGAUGUUGGCCAAAUCGAGAGUUUCGGGUUAUCAAUACUUCUAUGCAAUGAUGAAUUUGCGAUAUAAGCAAGUCAUAGAUCAAGAUGAUGGAGACACGACUUAAUUUGAUAAUGACAAAGAGGAAUGCAAUGCAAAAGUAAUUGAGGAACGGUGUUGCUGAAAUUUUUAAGAACGACCUUGAUUCCAAUGCCUACAAAAAGGGUCCACAUCGUGCAUGUUAAGGACCGAUGCAUGUUGACGUUGCCCAUGAUAGAAUGGUUGUUCAGAUAUUACUUAUCACUAACGACCUUUUCAGAUAAUAGAAUUGUGUGGCAACUAACAAUGCGGAUUGAGUCGUGUUUGAUAAAGUUGCUGAAAUCGAAGCAUCUAAAGAUUCUUGGAACAUACGUGUUAAAGUCGUCUUGUUUUUUAAGCAGACCUAUAAAAACAAUCCUAAAAUGGUCGGGAGCCUAG